GUGGAAACCACACUAGUGAAAGAGAUAUGGCAGAGACUACAAAGGAGAUGCCAAAAUCUUCUCUAUGGGGAGAGGUUGAGGUAGAAGUUGACAUCAAAUCUCCUGCUGAAAAAUUCUACCAAGUGUAUGUAGGAAGACCAGACCAUGUCGCUAAAGCCACUUCUAGCAAAGUGCAAGCAUGUGAUCUGCUUGAAGGGGAAUGGGGCACCAUAAGCAGUAUUGUCAACUGGAACUACGUUUAUGCGGGCAAGGCAAAGGUGGCAAAAGAGAGAAUCGAAUUAGUAGAACCGGAGAAGAAACUAAUAAAGUUUAGGGUCAUAGAAGGAGAUGUUUUGGCUGUGUACAAGAACUUCUUUAUCACGAUUUCAGUGACCCCGAAGGAAGGAGGGGUUGGAAGUGUGGCGAAAUGGCACCUUGAGUACGAGAAGAAUGAUGUGAAUGUGCCUGACCCCGAGAAUUUUCUCCCUUUCUUAGCUGAGAUGACUAAAGAGAUCGAUGAACACCUCUUAUCCGAGGAAUAGACAUACUCUAAGUCUUGUUGAUAUCUAUUUCUCUUGCUCUGGCUAGAUUAAAGAUGAAAUAAAGUUUGUGUUGAUUGGUUAAUGAUAUGUCAUGGUGUUUGGAUAUUUGAUGUUAAGUUUUUUUUUGUAAGUUGCAAUUUGUAACUUUUGAAUAAAUGUUUUGAAUAAUAAUAAUGAAA